GAAGACUUUAGUAUCGCCUGCCAGCCAGCCAGCCGGACCGCGGAUGAUCCGCCAGGACGGGCAUGGCCCGUAAUUUCUACGGGCGCUGCGCGAUCUUCCUGGCGAUCGCGCUGGUCCUGGACGUGGCCGGGCUGGCCUUGCUGUUGGCGGGCGGCGUGGGGAGACCUGCUGUGGACGGGCGCUCCUUUAAAGACUUCUUAAUGCUGACAGGAGGGCUCCUGCUCUUCCUGUCGCUGCUCUGCUGGCUGUUCUGGUAUUCGGGAAACCUGCGCGGGGUGCCGGCGGAAGAACUGCCUCCCGGGAUGGCCGCGAGUUCUCCCGAACCCCGCCGCCACCCCAGCUUCCUGCGCUUGGCAGCCAAGCUUUCCGAGCGCCUCUCCCAGCGUCGCCGGCCGGCGCUUGCGCCCUCCUUGUUCUCUGCCCGUGGCGCCCCAGCGAAGACCCCGAAAUCUGCAGCCUCGCUUCGUCCCGACGGGCCCCUGGAACUCGGUCGCCUCCGCGCUGGGGUGCCUGUAAACGCUGGGACAACGGAGGAGCGGCUGGUGUAAAGCAUCGCCUUUGGAACUGGAAACAGAAACCAGGUCUGCUUUUUAUGCUCCACAUUGCCCUUUAUUGAUGGAGCUUCCUACUGUGCCUACGCUAUUGGACAAGCUUAAUUCUUGGUGUGUUGGACUUCUACUCAGCUUCACCAGAGAUUAUUCCAGCAAAUUCUUACACUGUCACCUCUUUGGGUACUGUUCACACAGGUGCAGCUUUGGAUAGCAUGAAGAGUUGUUUGACCAAUGGAGUCUGUGAUCUUAGGCUUUUGAAUGAUUUCUAAUGCUGAAUUUUCGGGAAGGAUUUAAUUACCAAGGCUUUUUCUUUGUACCAUAUUCAUUUUCCAUAACAAGAUCUGGUAUUAUUUUUUGCCCCAAAGGACUUGUGGUUGAACUGCAGCUGUGAAACUAUGCAAACAAACUGGCCUCAAAGUUCUCUCUCAAGAAAUUGGGAUUUGGCUAGUUGGUGCAAAUGUACUUACUUACAAGAAAAAUGAAGACUGGGUAGAGUUUUUUUAAAAAAUAAUAAUAAAAUAACUAUUUUUUAAAAAAGAAA